AUGGCCGCCUUUGGGGAGGCGGCCCCUUACCUCCGAAAGUCAGAAAAGGAGAGAAUCGAGGCCCAGAACAAGCCUUUCGAUGCCAAGACAUCCGUCUUUGUGGUACAUGCUAAGGAAUCCUUUGUGAAAGGGACAAUCCAAAGCAAAGAAUCAGGGAAGGUCACUGUCAAGACUGAAGGUGGAGAGACCCUUACCGUGAAGGAAGAUCAAGUCUUCCAGAUGAACCCUCCUAAGUAUGAUAAAGUUGAAGACAUGGCCAUGAUGACCCACCUCCAUGAACCCGCUGUGCUGUACAACCUCAAAGAGCGUUAUGCAGCCUGGAUGAUCUACCCAACAUGCUGUCUCCCUUCCUCGCCGACCCACUCGGGUCUCUUCUGUGUCACUGUCAACCCCUACAAGUGGCUGCCGGUGUACAACCCGGAGGUGGUGUUGGCCUACCGAGGCAAGAAGCGCCAGGAGGCCCCUCCACACAUCUUCUCCAUCUCUGACAACGCCUAUCAGUUUAUGCUUACUGAUCGCGAGAACCAGUCAAUCCUGAUCACCGGAGAAUCCGGAGCAGGGAAGACUGUGAACACAAAGCGUGUCAUCCAGUACUUUGCAACAAUUGCAGCGAGCGGGGAGAAGAAGAAGGAGGAACAGUCAGGCAAAAUGCAGGGAACGCUUGAGGAUCAAAUCAUCAGCGCCAACCCACUGCUGGAGGCCUUUGGAAACGCCAAGACCGUGAGGAAUGACAACUCCUCACGCUUUGGCAAAUUCAUCAGAAUCCACUUUGGAGCCACAGGCAAACUGGCUUCUGCUGACAUUGAAACUUAUCUGCUGGAGAAGUCCAGAGUCACUUUCCAGCUCAAGGCAGAAAGAAGCUACCACAUAUUUUAUCAGAUCAUGUCCAAUAAGAAGCCAGAGCUAAUUGACAUGCUCCUCAUUACGACCAACCCUUUUGAUUUCCACUAUGUGAGUCAAGGUGAGGUCACUGUUCCCAGUAUUGAUGACCAGGAGGAGCUCAUGGCUACAGAUAGUGCCAUUGACAUCCUGGGCUUCACUGCUGAUGAGAAGACGGCCAUCUACAAGCUGACAGGGGCUGUCAUGCACUAUGGGAACCUGAAGUUCAAGCAGAAACAGCGAGAGGAGCAGGCAGAGCCGGAUGGCACAGAAGGUAUCAGUAAAUCCAGCAGACAACUUGUUCAAAGAACUUCUCUGUUUGCACAGAUGAUAAGUUCGACUCUGAAGACAGGCAGUAAGUUUUACAACAGAAAUUCUGCUAAGGAAACACACGCUGUUGGAGUGGUGUUCUAUCUGGGGAACUUCAAACAGCAUUAGGAGAAGGCUAGCAAAACCCGGUGGUGUUUCUCACACAUUGAGAACCUGUGCACUACUCCUUGCUUUGGGCAGUUCAACAGCUUUGAGCAGCUGUGCAUCAACUUCACCAACGAGAAACUGCAACAGUUCUUCAACCACCACAUGUUCGUGCUGGAGCAGGAGGAGUACAAGAAGGAAGGAAUUGAAUGGGAGUUCAUUGACUUUGGGAUGGACCUGGCUGCCUGCAUUGAGCUCAUUGAGAAGCCCAUGGGCAUCUUCUCCAUCCUGGAAGAGGAGUGCAUGUUCCCCAAGGCAACUGACACCUCUUUCAAGAACAAGCUCUAUGACCAGCAUCUGGGCAAGUCCAACAACUUCCAGAAGCCCAAGCCUGCCAAAGGCAAGGCUGAGGCCCACUUCUCCCUGGUGCACUAUGCUGGCACAGUGGACUACAACAUCUCUGGCUGGCUUGAGAAGAACAAAGACCCCCUGAAUGAAACUGUCAUUGGGUUGUAUCAGAAAUCAUCUGUGAAGACACUGGCCUUACUCUUUGCCAGCUAUGGUGGGGAAGCAGAGGCUGGUGGUGGCAAGAAGGGUGGCAAGAAGAAGGGGUCUUCUUUCCAGACUGUCUCAGCUCUUUUCCGGGAGAAUUUAAACAAGCUGAUGACAAAUCUACGCAGCACUCACCCCCAUUUUGUACGAUGCAUCAUCCCAAAUGAAACAAAAACACCUGGCGCCAUGGAGCAUGAGCUGGUGCUGCAUCAGCUGCGAUGCAACGGUGUGCUGGAAGGGAUCAGAAUUUGCAGGAAAGGAUUCCCCAGCAGAGUCCUGUAUGCUGACUUCAAACAAAGAUACAGAGUUCUUAAUGCAAGUGCUAUUCCAGAAGGCCAGUUCAUAGAUAGCAAGAAGGCUUCAGAGAAGCUUCUUGGGUCCAUUGAUGUGGACCACACCCAGUACAGAUUUGGUCACACCAAGGUGUUCUUCAAAGCCGGGCUGGUAGGUCUGCUGGAGGAGAUGAGAGAUGAGAAACUAGCAGAGAUUAUGACCAUGACACAAGCCAGAUGCAGGGGCUUCCUGAUGAGAGUGGAGUAUCGCAAAAUGGUGGAGAGAAGGGAAUCCAUCUUCUGUAUUCAAUACAAUGUUCGUGCAUUCAUGAAUGUCAAGCACUGGCCCUGGAUGAAGCUGUUCUUCAAGAUCAAGCCCUUGCUGAAGAGUGCAGAAUCUGAGAAGGAGAUGGCCAACAUGAAGGAAGAAUUUGAGAAAACCAAGGAAGAGCUUGCAAAGUCUGAGGCCAAGAGGAAGGAGCUGGAGGAGAAAAUGGUGGUCCUGCUUCAGGAGAAAAAUGACCUGCAGCUCCAAGUGCAGGCUCUUCGGAAGAAGCUGGCACAGCGGUUGCAGGAUGCAGAGGAACACGUCGAAGCUGUGAAUGCCAAAUGUGCCUCCCUGGAAAAGACAAAGCAGAGGCUGCAGAAUGAAGUGGAGGACUUGAUGAUUGACGUGGAGAGAUCCAACGCUGCCUGCGCAGCUCUGGAUAAGAAGCAGAAGAACUUUGACAAGAUCCUGGCGGAGUGGAAGCAGAAGUAUGAGGAAACGCAGGCUGAGCUGGAAGCCUCCCAGAAGGAGUCUCGCUCUCUCAGCACGGAGCUGUUUAAGAUGAAGAAUGCGUAUGAGGAGUCCUUGGACCACCUGGAAACGCUGAAGCGUGAGAACAAGAACUUGCAGCAGGAGAUUGCUGACCUGACGGAGCAGAUUGCUGAGGGAGGAAAGGCGAUUCAUGAGCUGGAGAAAGUGAAGAAGCAGAUUGAGCAGGAGAAAUCUGAAAUCCAAGCCUCCCUGGAGGAAGCUGAGGCCUCCCUUGAACAUGAAGAGGGCAAGAUCCUGCGCCUCCAACUUGAGCUCAACCAGGUGAAGUCUGAGAUUGACAGGAAGAUAGCAGAGAAAGAUGAGGAGAUCGACCAGAUGAAGAGAAACCACCUCAGAAUUGUGGAGUCCAUGCAGAGCACCCUGGAUGCUGAGAUCAGGAGCAGGAACGAAGCCCUGCGGCUGAAGAAGAAGAUGGAGGGAGACCUGAAUGAAAUGGAGAUUCAGCUGAGCCAUGCCAACCGUGUGGCUGCAGAGGCACAGAAGAACCUGAGAAACACACAGGCGGUGCUCAAGGACACCCAGAUACACUUGGACGAUGCUCUGAGGACACAGGAGGACCUGAAAGAGCAAGUGGCCAUGGUGGAGCGCAGAGCAAACCUGUUGCAGGCUGAAGUGGAGGAGCUACGGGCAGCCCUGGAGCAGACAGAGCGGUCGAGGAAAUUGGCUGAGCAGGAGCUUCUGGAUGCCACUGAACGUGUGCAGCUCCUCCAUACCCAGAACACCAGCUUAAUCAACACCAAGAAGAAGCUAGAAACAGACAUCAUGCAAGUUCAGAGUGAAAUGGAGGAUACGAUCCAGGAAGCUCGCAAUGCUGAAGAAAAGGCCAAGAAGGCCAUCACAGAUGCAGCCAUGAUGGCAGAAGAGCUGAAGAAGGAGCAGGACACCAGCGCCCACCUGGAGAGGAUGAAGAAGAACCUGGACCAGACGGUGAAGGACCUGCAGCACCGUCUGGAUGAGGCCGAGCAGCUGGCACUGAAGGGAGGCAAGAAGCAAAUCCAGAAGCUGGAGGCCAGAGUGCGGGAGCUGGAAGGGGAGGUUGAUGCUAGUGAGCAGAAGCGCAGCGCUGAAGCCGUGAAGGGUGUGCGCAAGUACGAGCGGAGGGUGAAGGAGCUGACCUACCAAUCUGAGGAAGACCGGAAGAAUAUUCUCAGGCUGCAGGAUCUGGUGGACAAGCUGCAAAUGAAGGUGAAAUCCUACAAGAGACAGGCUGAGGAGGCUGAGGAGCUGUCCAAUGUCAACCUCUCCAAGUUCCGCAAGAUCCAGCACGAGCUGGAGGAAGCCGAGGAGCGGGCUGACAUUGCGGAGUCGCAGGUCAACAAGCUCCGAGUGAAGAGCCGAGAGUUUCACAGCAAGAAGAUAGAAGAAGAAGAGUGAGGAUGUCGUGAGGCAGCAAAGUGACCUGAAGGAAGCACAAAAUGUGAACCUUUCGGUCAUUUCAUUCUGUAAUUAGUCUUUGUAAGCAUGUCAAUAUCUAGAGAAUAAAGAAUGUAGACUUCUUCGCAUACACA